AUGCUCCCAUCUGCGAGCACCUUCUGCAAUGACCUAUCGCGAAAUUCGGAGGACGCCAUUAACAAGGUCAGGUUCCACAAAAUCCAACCGAUUGUACUCCUGAACCGCGAUGCCCAGGAAGCGGAGGCCGACUGUGAAUCUGGUGCCACCAAGGAUGGAGUCGGCGUGCCCAUUGCUGAAAGAAAUCAAGGAGAUGAAAGAGGACGCUGGAGACGAGAAACAACCACAGGAGAGAAUUGUCUCGAGGGGAAGGCGCACAACGAUCGGAAACCGUUUCGAGCCUAA